ACGGGGAGGAGCAGUCAGGGAAGGGGAUGUGAGUGCCGGCGCCGGGCGGGGAGCUGCUGCCAUUUCUUCUCUGUCCCUGCUCUCCUGGCCUGGUGGGUCUCUGCGCUGGGACCUGGGGAGACCCCUCGGACCGGAGUGGAUCCUGUGACCUCAGCACCGGCUGGAGAAGUCUCGUGUCCAUCACCUCAUGCGCUGCGUGUGUCCGUAAAGCCGUAUUCCGUGCUGCCCGGCAGAGAGCUUCAUCCCAUCCCAUCUCAUCUCACCUCAUCUCAUCUCACCUCAUCUCACCUCAUCUCACCUCACCUCAUCUCACCUCACGGUCCUGGCACUGCCUCAGCAUGGCCAUCUCAUCACGCCUUGCCCUGUGGGAGCAGAAGAUUCGGGAAGAGGACAGGAGCCCUCCACCAUCCUCGCCCCCUCCCCUUUUCUCUGUCAUCCCAGGGGGCUUCAUUAGGCAACUGGUCCGGGAGACUGAGAAAGAGUCGAAGGAAGCAAGACGGAGGAAACAGGCAGCACUUGCCUCCCCGGAACGAGAGACCCCAGAGAUUUCCACCAGCCAACCCAACAGUGGUACCAAAUCUGGAAGCCAGCACAUCUCCCAGGACGACCAGUUGAGCUCUCCUCAGAGCUCAGACAUUCUGGGCAAGAAGAGUGAGGGGGCCGGCGCCAUGGACCCGGUGCUAAUGACUAGUAUCAAUGGCGAGAAGCCCCAGGAGUCGGGCCCCAGUGUGACACCAGCCAAAAAAAGCCUGCCCUUCAAGAGAGGGAUGAGGAGGGGCGAUGUGUUGCUGAUGGUGGCCAAGCUGGACCCGGACUCAGCCAAGCCAGAGCAGAGGACCCAGCCCCGGGAUGGCCCCGCUUGUAAGACCCCAGCCACAGACCCUGGAGGGGAAAGAAAGGGGGAGACCCCAGGGACUCCUUGUGGCCCCCAGGCCAGCACCAAGGAUGCAGCUCUGAAGGCUGAGAUGACCCAGACUGGGGAUCUGGGGAACCCAGGAACUGUGCUACUGACAAAGGGCGAGAAGGAUCAAGGCACAGUGGGGAAAGGGGGCGGGGCCCCCCAGACCAAAGGGGCGAAAGGGUGUGAGCCCCAGGGCAGAGAGGGGCUGGGUGAGGGGGGGCAACUGGGGGCAGCGGAGAAAGGGAGAGGGGACCCCCCGAACAGGGGAGCAAAGUGGAAUUUCUCCAAGGAUGCAGCAGGUGAAGGGAAGUGGGCUGGGGCCCAAGCCCAGGUGAGAAAGUGGGGAGGUUCCCUGGGCAGAAGGAGCAAGUGGGACGGUCCCCAGAGUAAGAAGGACAAAGAAGGUGUGCUCCUAAGUAAGGCAGACAAGACAGACGAACCUCAGACAAAGGUGGAGAAGACGGGCGCAGUGCAGGGGAAUGUGGGGGAAGCUCCUGGAGCGAUGGAGAAAGCAGGCGAGCCUCAGAGCAUGACUGGAAAGGCAGGUGAGCCCCAGGGGAAGAUGAAAACGGUGGGACAACCUCAGCGCGAGUCUGGGGAGGCAGGUAAAGCCGGGAGUAAGACAGAGAAGGACUCUAAAGCCCCCAAGGAGGUGGAUGCACAUGGAGAGACCCCAGUUACAGCUGGGAAGGAGGACCAGCCUGAGAGCAGAGGGCGGAAAGCAGAGGAGGCCUGCGCUGGAGCGGGUGAUGGGGCUGGGGCCCUGGAGAUGGAGCCGCAAGGACCCGGACAGCCUGCUCUGGAGAACCGUGCGGAGAGGCCUCAGAGGCAGGAGAGCCGAGAGGGGCCAGCCCUGCAGGAGGGGAGCAGAGGAGGCCAGGGCGGAGUCUCAGACCAGGCUCCUGAGGACAGAUGGUAUGAGGCGGAGAAAGUCUGGCUGGUUCAGAAGGAUGGAUUUACUCUUGCAACGGUGCUGAAGCCAGACGAGGGAACAGCCGACCUGCCGGCAGGAAGGGUGCGACUGUGCAUUGAUGCUGACAAAAGCAUCACUGAGGUGGAUGAGGACCACGUUCAUCGGGCCAAUCCCCCCGAGCUGGACCAGGCCGAGGACCUGGCCUCCCUGGUCAGUGUCAACGAGUCCAGUGUGCUGAACACGCUUCUGCACCGCCACCGGGCUCGGCUGCUGCACACCUGCGCUGGGCCCGACCUGAUCGUCCUUCAGCCCCAGGGACCCACGGCGCCCUCUGCAGUCAAGGUGCCCAGGAGCUGCCGGGAUGGCCUACCCGCCCACGUUGGCUCCCUGGCCCAGCGGGCGUACUGGGCUCUGCUGAGCCAGCAGAGGGACCAGAGCAUCGUGGCCCUGGGCCAGAGCGGUGCUGGCAAGACCACCUGCUGCGAGCAGGUCCUGGAGCACCUGGUGGAGAUGGCAGGCAGUGUGGAUGGCAGGGUCUCAGUGGAGAAGAUUCGAGCCACCUUCACUGUCCUCCGGGCCUUUGGCUCCGUGUUCACCGGCCACAGCCGCCGUGCCACCCGGUGCUCCAUGGUGAUGUCACUGGACUUGAACGCCACAGGCCGAGUCACGGCCGCCCAGCUCCAGACGAUGCUGUUGGAGAAGAGCCACGUGGCCCGGCAGCUGGAAGGGGAAGGCAAUUUCGAGGUUUUCUCCCAGAUGCUAUCCGGAUUGGACCUGGCUCUCAGGACAGAACUGUACCUGCACCAGCUGGCAGACAGCAGCUCCUUCGGCAUGGGCGUGUGGCCUAAGCCUGAAGACAAGCAGAGGGCGGCGGCUGCCUUCGCGCAGCUCCAGGGCGCCAUGGAGACGCUGGGCGUUUUGGAGAGCGAGCAGAGGGCCAUUUGGCGGGUGUUGGCAGCCAUCUACCACCUGGGUGCGGCGGGGGCCUGCAAAGUAGCGUCACUGCCGAUGGCUUGGCUCCACCCUCACUGUGACCACUGGGCUCCUUUCUAA